UCACCAAGCUCAACAGCGGGCACUGAGUCAUCUGGCAGAACAGCGGGCACGAGUCAUCUGGCAUGGCAUGACAGCGGGCACCGAGUCAUCUGGCACGACAGCGGGCACGAGUCAUCUGGCACAACAGCAGGCAACGAGUCAUCUGGCAUGACAGCGGGCAACGAGUCAUCUGGCACGACAGCAGGCAACGAGUCAACUGGCACGACAGCGGGCACCGAGUCAUCUGGCAUGACAGUGGGCACCGAGUCAACUGGCACGACAGCAGGCAACGAGUCAUCUGGCACCGAGUCAUCUGGCAGAACAGCGGGCACCGAGUCAUCUGGCAGAACAGCGGGCACCGAGUCAUCUGGCAUGACAGUGGGCAACGAGUCAUCUGGCACAACAGCAGGCAACGAGUCAUCUGGCACGACAGCGGGCACCGAGUCAUCUGGCACAACAGCGGGCACCGAGUCAUCUGGCACGACAGCAGGCAACGAGUCAUCUGGUACGACAGCGGGCAACGAGUCAUCUGGCACGACAGUGGGCAACGAGUCAUCUGGCAUGACAGCGGGCAACGAGUCAUCUGGCUGGAUCAGCGUACACUGGGUCAUCAGGCAUCCGGGCAUCAGGCUGAACAGAAGGCGGGUUCUCAGACCGCAGGCUGACUGGUUUGGAUACUGGCAGGAUGGU